AUGGCAUGCAGUAGCGGGGACGAUCCCGGCGGGUCAAGAAAUGAAUUUGGAGCCGUCACCACCCUUCUGCUCACGGGAAAGAACGGAACAAACCUACCAUGUAAUCCGUUCAUCAUAGGGAAGAGUAUUGAAAACUUCGCCGGAGCUAUAGAGAGUGCAAAAAGUGAGGCAAAAUGCACUCGAUAUAUAUUGAGAACGAGAAGUGCCACCCAGGUUAAAAAACUACUCCAAAUGUCCCAACUUUUCGACGGAACGGAAGUAUCGAUUGUAUUACAUCCUACACUCAACAUCAGCCGUUGUGUCAUAUCUUCGUUCGAUCUAUUACCUCUUAGUGGGGAAGUGAUCGAAAAGGAAUUGAAUGGUCAAGGGGUUAUAAAAGCGAGGAGAAUUUUAAAAAGCAAUAAAGAGAACACCCCAGCUAUUAUUCUGACAUUUAAUAAAUCCAUUUACCCGGAGACAGUGAAAGUGGGAGUACUUCGCGUAAGAACACGUCCCUACUAUCCGAACCCAAUGUUGUGCUUCAAGUGCUACGAAUACGGCCACCCACGAUUGAACUGCCCUAAUGAUAUAAAAAGAUGCUACAAUUGCUCCAACGAACAUGAAAAGAGAGAAACGUGCGAAGAACAACCAUUCUGCCGAAACUGUAAAGGCGACCACCGACCUAGCAGCCGUCAAUGUGAGAUUUUUAAAACCGAAGUUGCAGUGAUCCGCACGAAGAUAGACUACAAUCUCUCGUAUGUGGAUGCGAGAAAACGUGUAGCGACUGGGAAUGGUAGUUAUGCACAGGUAGCUGCCCAACAUCGUCUCGACCAUGCCAGAUUAAAUACUCUGUCAAACCAAUUAAAAGAGAAGCAAGCGGAAAUCUCUAAACUUGGAAAGGAAUUGGAACAAAGACAAGCACUGGAAGAGAAAAUGAAUACCAUCAUCGAACAGAACAAGGAGAAAGACGACAAAAUCAAUGAAUUACUACAACUAAUCCGAGACAGAGACACGAAAAUUGAGAAGCUUGAAUUACAAAGUCAGAAAAUGAAAAAAUUCAUCGACACGUCGCUUCAAAGCAGAUCACGAUCGAACUCACAGACCAGCGAACCAGAACAUGAAGGAAUUAGGAAGAAAUCGAAACGAGGAACAAUACAUUAG